GUCUUCUGGUCCAAAACUCCAAAUCUGGCUCUUCUCUCCACCGCCACUGUCGAACAGCUCAAGGUUCAGAGAAAUUGAUUUUGACGCUUGCAAUCGCUACCUUGAACAUCCUUUGUUUCAGCUGUUGUCUGAAAUGGGUUGGAAAGCAGCGCAGAAACUGAUACAUCACUGGAGAAUUCUCAGAGGAGAUAAUGUGAUGAUAAUUAGGGGCAAAGACAAAGGUGAGACUGGUCUUAUUAAGAGGGUCGUACGCUCUCAAAAUCGUGUUAUUGUUGAAGGCAAAAAUCUGGUAAAGAAACAUAUCAAGCAAGGGCAAGGUCAUGAAGGUGGGAUUUUUACAGUUGAAGCCCCACUUCAUGUCUCCAAUGUUCAGGUUCUAGAUCCCGUCACAGGGAAGCCUUGCAAGGUUGGUGUAAGAUAUUUAGAAGAUGGCAGCAAAGUCAGAAUUUCUAGAGGUUUAGGAGCAUCAGGGUCAAUCAUUCCUCGUCCUGAGAUUUUGAAGAUAAGGACCACACCAAGACCCACUGUUGCUGGACCCAAGGAUACUCCUAUGGAUCUGGUUUUGGAGAAGACUUAUGAUGCUAAAUCUGGGCAGGGAAUGCCAGAUCUUUAAAGAAUCUAGCCCUUUUUGAAUUUCAAUACAGACCUUUGAGAUGAUGUUGAUGAAAUGAGUGCUUGUGAGUUCAUUUCCGUGUACCAAAUCUAUGUCGUCCUUUGUAACUGAUUGUCAUUUCAAAAUGAGAAAUGUCUGGAUGUUCAUUUCGAAGGUUAAAAAAUAACCAUGCAAAAUUGCUUCGUUCUUGCUGCCAUGACCAGUAUAAGUAUCAAGAAGCAAAGUGAACUCGGUUAUUUCAUAUAAAAAUUCAGCAGUGGUUCUUGG